GUGAAAAGAUGAGAAGCUAAAUAUUCCCGUUUUAUCACCCUUUUCUUUUUCCGUCUGUUUCCAUAUCGUCGAAGCCAAACCCAGCGGACAAAAGAACACAGUGAGAGAAAGAAAAAGGAGAGUGUAGCAGCCGACGAAAACACACAGAGAGAGAAAUUAGCCCAGCGAUUUGCGGCGUUCCUGCGUUCGUUGGAGUCGGGUAUCCAACGGUAUAGCCGCGGGCAGGAUAGGACGUUUUCGAGCCGCGCUUCCGGCGAGUUUCACGGGUUGAUUUUGGAAGAAGAAAGCUGUAGAGAGUUAUGUCUUGCAGCACUUUUAACCUUGGAGGAGGGUCGCUCAAGUUUUGUAGCAUUAAUAAAGGCAGCCAAAUAAAGAAUCAUCUUCGGUUCUUUAAUGGGUUUGUCUCAAAUGGUCGAUGCAAUUUAGUCUCUAACUCUGCAAUUUCUUUCUCUGUUGGAUCCAUCAGCUUCAAUUCUCUUCCACCUCAGGAUUUUCAAUUUCACAAUCGUUCACGUUUCUCCUCCCAUGUCAUCAACUGCUCUACUUUUAACUCAGAGGCGUCAAUCUCUUCUAAUAAAGCAAAUGAUGAACGAGUUAUUGUAUUGGUGAUUGGUGGAGGAGGGCGAGAACAUGCGCUUUGCUAUGCAUUGCAGCGCUCUCCUUCCUGUGAUGCUGUGUUUUGUGCGCCAGGCAAUGCUGGGAUUUCGAGCUCAGGCAACGCCACUUGUAUUUCUGAGCUUGAUAUCAAUGAUAGUGCCGCUGUCAUUUCUUUCUGUCGAAAAUGGAAUGUAGGAUUGGUUGUUAUAGGCCCUGAGGCCCCUCUUGUUGCAGGGCUUGCAAAUGAUUUAGUUAAGGCUGGGAUUGCUACUUUUGGCCCCUCAUCUGAGGCUGCUGCUUUGGAAGGCUCCAAAAAUUUCAUGAAGAGAUUGUGUGAUAAAUAUGGAAUCCCCACUGCAAAGUAUCAAUCAUUUACAGACCCUUCUGCAGCAAAACAAUAUAUUCAAGAACAAAGUGUUCCGAUAGUCAUCAAAGCAGAUGGAUUGGCUGCUGGAAAAGGAGUUAUUGUUGCUACGACGUUGGAGGAGGCCUAUGAAGCUGUUGAUGCAAUGCUUGUGAAGGGUGCUUUUGGUUCAGCUGGUGGCCGUGUCAUUGUUGAAGAAUAUCUGGAAGGGGAAGAAGCAUCCUUUUUUGCACUUGUAGAUGGAGAGAAUGCUAUACCCUUAGAAUCUGCACAGGAUCAUAAAAGAGUUGGGGACGGUGACACGGGACCUAAUACAGGUGGUAUGGGUGCUUACUCCCCAGCUCCUGUCAUAACAAGGGAACUUCAAAGUAUAAUCAUGGAAUCUAUAAUUCUACCCACGGUAAAAGGAAUGGCAGAAGAGGGUUGCAAGUUUGUUGGGGUUUUGUUUGCUGGUCUUAUGAUAGAGAAGAAAUCUGGCUUGCCAAAAUUGAUUGAAUACAAUGUACGCUUUGGAGAUCCCGAGUGUCAGGUGCUGAUGAUUAGGUUGGAAUCAGACCUUGCAAAAGUUCUUAUGGCAACAUGUAGAGGAGAGCUAAGUGGGGUUUCACUGGAUUGGUCCCCAGGGUCUUCAAUGGUGGUCGUAAUGGCGAGCAAGGGAUAUCCUGGGGCAUACGAGAAGGGAACUGUGAUUCGAAACGUUGAAGAAGCAGAGCUUGUUGCUCCAUCUGUUAAGGUCUUUCAUGCUGGCACUUCUUUCGACUCUGAAGGCAAUUUCAUUGCCGUAGGUGGCCGCGUUCUUGGGGUUGCUGCAAAGGGAAAAAACAUAGAAGAGGCACGGGAUAGAACAUAUCGAGCAGUUGAGGAAAUCCGUUGGUCAGGUGGGUUCUACAGGAAGGAUAUAGGGUGGAGGGCUCUAGAAAAACAAUUUUCUUUGAAGGAAUAAUGCAGAAGUUUGAAAAAGUUUUGGCAUUGUAUUAGUGAAUAGGAACAUGUAUGAGUUCACAUCCCUAUGAAUAAAUUCACAAGGCCCAACUACUAUCUACUUCUCACUUAUUUCGUUAGUUUGUUCCAGUUUUAUGAAAAAAUGGUGCAUAUUCUUGACUCU